CGGUGGAGUGAGUCCCGUCUGACCCGGGGACGGUCCGUUCCGUCCUUUGUCCUUAUUGGCUGUUCAGAGGUAGCCGAGCCGUCACACGCGCCCCCCGAGCAGCAGCCGCGCGCGUUCCGGGUCUGGGGCGAGUGACUCCGGCAGCCACGUGCCUCUCGGCCCAGCGCGCGGACGCGCGAGUUCGAGUCUCGGUGCUCGGGUUCGCCUCCUCGUGCGGGGAGAGAAUGCGGUAGAAAGUUUCUCGCCGGAACCGGAACCGGACGCUGGCCACGACGUGCAGCGAUGCUGCUCUGCACGCACGGCGUGGACGGAGCGCGGACGGAGCGCGCUGCCGCCGCCGCCGCCGGGGCGGUGCUGGGCGACAGCGGCGCCGACGAGCGGUGCCACCCCGCCUUCGCGUACGACACGGCGGUCGGCACCCUGGUGGCGGUGGCCGUGUACGUGGCGGUGAAAGUGAGCCUGGACGGCGUCAGGCGGUGGCGGGCCAGGGCGUCGGUGCUCAUCGUGGGCUCCGGACCGGUCGGGCUGACGGCCGCGCUGGUCGCUGUUCGCUCCGGGAAGGUGCUGAAGCUGACCGUGCUGGACGAGAGGUACCGGACGGCCCUGCUGUGCCGCCCCCAGCAGAUCGCUCUGGAUCCCCGCAGCGUCAAGUUUCUGCUGGGUCUCGGGGUGGACUUUGACAACGUGGAGGGGUGCUGGCACGACGAGCACUUCUUCACCAAGAUCGGCGUGUUUCAGGAGUAUCUGCUGAGCAUCCUGGAGCAGAAGAAGCAGAAGGUGGACCUCAAGGUGCAGCUCGGAACCAAGUUCACAGAGGACUACCUGCGCCGGAUCCCUCACAGCGACUGGCCUCGUGUGAUUGUGGUGGCUGACGGGUCAUGUGGCGACUCCUGCUCCGUGCUGGGCAUCAGCUCUGAUUACACCGUGGAGUCCUGCCAUGCCUACGGAGCUAACGCAACCAUAGAGAGACUGGACCAGAGACAGGUGCCCACGCCAGAGAUCCGGGCCCACAGCCUCUACUUUGACCUCUCCGCGUACGGCGUGGAGGCCUUCAGAGAGCACCGGAGCCCCGCAUCAAAGCCCGGCUUCCACCUGAAGAUCUACGGGACCUUCAGAAACCGCUACAUGGCCCUGGUCUGCUCCACUGCUGACACGAAGAUGGUCCGCUUCCUUAGGCACACCGCCAACUCCUCUAUUAUGAAGAAUAUCUUCUACCAGUCCUUCAACGCGUAUAAGACAGACGUAGAGCCUCGUCUCAGUGACCUAACGCUGCACCACAUGCAGUGCAGCCGCCGCCUCUUCGAAAUCCAGUUGUCCCACAGACGCAUCAGCGCUGCUUACAUAGAGGAAGACAACGUGGCGGUCACCGUGGAGGGCGAGGCGGCACGUGUCCUCAACUUUGACACAGGUUGUGGGGUGAACCUGGGUAUGCGUGGUCUGGAGUCCCUGGGGACCCUCAUAUACCGGACAGCUACUGCUGUAGACCAGAACGAUGUCCUGGAGGCCCUGUCUGCCAAGAUACAGCACUCCAGACAGGUGGCUGAGACCUUCAAGCAGACAGGCCUGGCUCAGUCCAUGUAUGAGUAACAUGGGACCAAGAGAAUUCAUAUCGCCACCUGGUGGUUGGAUGAGUAAUAACGAUGGAAUCUUAAAAGGGAAACGAUCACAAGUUUCAACAUUAUUUACAUGCUGUAGGCCUUCCACCCCAUUAGCAGCCAUGAUACUGAGCAGUUCUCCAAGUGUCCCCGAAACACUGUGACGUCACAGCCAGUCCGUGAAUCGCCGUCUUAAAAUGGCAUUCGCUAAAACAGCUGUAUGUGGCAUUAUAAUAGGCAUUACGUAUCCAUCCAUCCAUUAUCCGAACCGCUUAUCCUGCUGUCAGGGUCACGGGAUGCUGGAGCCUAUCCCAGCAGUCAUUGGAGAGACACCCUGGACAGGCUGUCAGACUGUCACACAGGGCCAACACACACACACACACACACACACACACACACACACACACACACACACACACACACACACACACACACACACACACACCUAGGGGCAACUUAGUACGGCCGAGUCACCUGACCUACAUGUUUUGGACUGUGGGAGGAAACC